UCGGUCAGGAUUUGUGCACUGUUGUUUCCCGCCAUUUUUCGAUGUCCUGAACGACUUUACUUCGACAUUUAAAAUCGUGAACAUUUAAACAGCGGUAAGGAGCAGAAACCGGAAGUAUGCUAUCAGGGACGUGAAAGUCUACGAGGUGUUCUGAGGAUGGUCCUUUGAGUAGCAAGGUUCCAGUAAAAAUGUCGCCACAGAAGAAAUUUGAUGUACCUGUUGAUCCGGAGGAUGCACAGAAGGAUUGUCGAAAUGUGGAAACGCGUGUGUCUAAGAACGACAAGGAGGAAAGCAUGGACUUAGAUUUUGACGAGUUGUUGCCUUAUGUUGGUGAAUUUGGACUUUACCAGAAGAUUCUGUUCUUGCUGAUGAUACCGUUUGCUUCUUUCGUCGCGUGGGUAUACUUCUCGCAGAUAUUCAUCACGAUUGUACCGGAUGGGUACUGGUGUUUGGUGCCGGAGCUGGAGAACCUCACUGUCGAUGAAAGAUUAUCACUGGCUAUACCGUUCGGUAGUAAUGGUUAUUCGAAAUGUAGUAUGUACGAUGUAAAUUACACGGAGAUCUUGUUAAAUGGAGGCCGCUCACCGGAUCCAACCUGGCCAACUAAAUCCUGUCAGCACGGUUGGGAAUUCAAUUACACCGACGUCCCUUACGCCUCCGUAGCGAGCGAGUUAGGAUGGGUAUGCGAGUACGAUUCGUUGCCAACCAUAGCCCAAAGCAUCUUCUUCAUCGGCGCCAUCUUCGGAGGAUUGAUCUUUGGAUGGAUAGCCGAUCAAUAUGGCAGAAUACCUGCAUUGAUCGGCGCAAAUCUUACAGGAUUUGUAGCAGGAGUUGCUACUGCAUUUAGUAAUAACUUUUGGCAAUUCACAUUAUGCCGUUUCUUUGUUGGAUUCGCUUUCGACAAUUGCUUCACCAUGAUGUACAUAUUAGUAUUAGAGUACGUGGGACCAAAAUGGCGGACCUUCGUCGCAAACAUGUCGAUCGCCAUAUUCUUCACGUUCGCCGCCUGCAUUCUUCCUUGGAUCGCCUACUAUUUGGCCGAUUGGAGAAUGACCUGCAUCGCCACAUCUGUUCCUCUCGUUUUAUCAGUAGCAGCACCGUGGUUGAUCCCAGAGAGUGCUCGAUGGUUAGUCAGCCAGGGACAAAUAGAUAGAGCCAUCAACAUCCUCAACAAAUUCGAAAAAAUGAACGGCACUAAAGUGCCUGACAACGUCUACAAACGCUUUCGGGACACCUGUGAGAGGAUAUGCAAGGAAGAGGAAGCGGACAAAACCUACUCUGUGUUCGAUCUAUUCAGAAGUCCACGAUUGAGAAGAAUUACUAUUCUGUUCAUCGUCAUGUGGAUGGCGAUUUCUUUGGUGUUCGACGGUCACGUACGAAACGUCGAUAACUUAGGUUUGAACGUGUUCAUGACUUUUACCAUCGCAGCAGCCACCGAGCUUCCUGCAGAUACUUUCCUCACGAUUGUCCUUGAUCGAUGGGGUCGAAGAUGGCUGGCUUGUGGAUCUCUCGUUAUUUCUGGAAUUUUCAGUAUUUGGGCUUCUACUGUUUCCAACAAUAUAUACAUGGCGACCCUGGCAAUCCUAGGUCGUUUCUGGAUAAACAUUUCCUACAACAUCGGCCUUCAAUACGCAGCCGAAGUGUUGCCAACAGUAGUUAGAGCUCAGGGUGUUGCCCUGAUCCACAUAAUGGGAUACGUAGCAAGUAUUCUGGCGCCCUUCGUGGUGUAUCUCGACGUCGUGUCAUCGAUUCUACCGCUUAUGGUGUUGGGUAUCCUUGGUAUACUGAGUGGAUUUAUCACUUUGUUUCUACCUGAAACGCUGGACAAGGAUUUACCUCAAACCCUUCAGGAUGGGGAGAACUUUGGGAAGGAUCAGAAACUGUGGGAUGCUCCUUGCAUCAGCAAGAAACACGAAGAUGAAGAGGUCCCACCAGCCAUAUUCAGAUCCAUAUCUCGAGACAGCGUGAGGAACUCGAUGAGAGCCUCCCUUCGUGGUGAACCCUUGAGGAGCAGCAUGAUACGAAGAUCCAGCGUGAGAUCGAGGAAAAACGGAAAUUCGGUCGUCGAGGUGGAGAAAUUCUAGCGAACUUCUGUAAAAUCUGUCGAGUUGAUCUCGGUCGUAGGAUCCUCAUAGUUUUUCAAACAAGGGUUGUGUCAGCGUUCGCCAGUUAUUUGUUAUACGAUUGUUAUUUACUUGUCCAAAUUUGUCUUGAAGACAAAAGGGUAGAGGUACCAAAGUGUCAAACUGUAAAAUUUGAGAAUCUACAAAAUCUCAAGUUCUUAAAUUCUUAAAUAGAAUUCUAAAGUGCCUGGGUCUCCAUGUACCAAACUUCUGAAAGUCUAAAUCCUCAAAACCUGAAAUCCUAAGUCUUCAAAUCAUCAAAUUCCUGAAAUGUCCAAAUCUCAAGCCCCUAAGUCUCCAUAUUCCUGAAUUUUUAAACCCCUUAAUCUCUAAAUGGCAAAUAUCUAAAUUUUCCAAACUUCAAACCCCUAAAUCCUCAACUCUCCAAAUUCUAUAACCUCUAGGACUUCAAAUGCUAACUUUGGACAAUGUCAACCUUCUAAAUUCCCAAAUUCCCUCAUUCUGACCUCCCUAGAUCAAAGUGCAUCUGCCCAAGUUAAAUUUGAACUUCACAAAGUUCCAAAACUGUAAAGUUAAAAAAUGUUGUAAUAAAUAAUAAAUAAUAGUUUAACUGCAGAAAUUGAAAUAAUUUGUCGAACGCUGGCGAUACUCCAUGAUUUGUGUACAUAUGUACCUAUAAAAAUGCCUAGAUCGAAGCUAAAGUCACUGUAAGAGCCUCGAACAUGGCGUUCGAGGAAGCGGUGCUACUGACAUUUAUUUCACCGUGUAACACUCUUAAGCAACUAGUAAUAAGAUCGUUGGAUUUCCUCUGAAAAAUCUUUCCAACACCUGUUUUCUAUCGACUCGAAUAAUCGAUAUUAUGAAUAGGGAUGAGGAUCAUCUUCUUACUGGUAUAAAUUGACGAUGUAUUCGUCUACGUUUCUGUUUUCAUAUGUAUAUAUUUUAAUAGUGUCUCGUGGAUCAUUGAUAAAAUGAUUCGAACCCUUUCGUUGCUGAUAGUGUACAUGUGUAUACUAUACAUAUACUAUUAUGUUCUAGAGUUCAAAUACACUAUUAUUUUUGUAAUUGUUCAGAUUUAUGAAAAUAUCAUUUUUUGAUUUUGCAGAGAAAAUUUGAUAGAGUAUGAUAAGUUUGCUGUAUAUUAUGUUCGUAUGCACGCGUGAUAAUUCCACGCGUGGUAAUUCUACGCGGUCUAAUUUUACGCGU